UCAUUAAUUUUGAGAUGAUGAAAACAUGACAUUGUAACAGUGUUGUCGCAGCAGCAUUUGUCAGCAAAAAUAAAAAUUUUAGACAGUAGAGUGAGAUAAAAAGAAGAGAGAGACAGAGAGAAUAAGAAAUUAAGCAUGGGUAGUGGUAGAAGAAGUAUAUAUAAUUCCCCAAUAGGAAACCCAAUUCAUCACUCUUCUUCUUCUUCUUCUUCUUCAAUGGUGGGAAUGGUUUACGAUGAUUUGAGCUUCCUGUCAAUCAAUCCUAAUCUGAAUUUUUUGAAUUGUUCUUCAAUGGAUGCGGGAAAUUGGGGUUUUGAAGAAACCCUAGAAUUUGGGGGUAAAUUGCCUGCUAUUAGAAAUGGAGGACCCCUAAUUGAUCUCAACGCUACUGAACAAAUUGAAGAUCAUGAAGACGAAGAAGACGACGAAGACGAAGACGAAGACGAAGAAGAUGAAGAAGACCUUCAAGCUACGGCCAUGGCGAUGAAUAUGAUCCCCAAUCACAAAAAUUCUAAACCAAUUAAUCCUCAAUCAAAUUCCUCAUCAAAAGUCUGUGCUCGCGGCCAUUGGCGACCUGCAGAAGAUGCUAAGCUUAAAGAACUCGUCGCCCUCUAUGGCCCCCAGAAUUGGAACCUCAUUGCAGAAAAACUCCAUGGAAGAUCGGGGAAAAGUUGCAGGCUGAGAUGGUUCAACCAGCUGGAUCCGAGGAUUAACAGGAGAGCUUUCAGCGAGGAAGAAGAAGAGAGGUUGAUGGCGGCACACAGGCUGUACGGUAACAAAUGGGCGAUGAUAGCGAGGCUAUUUCCCGGCAGGACCGACAACGCCGUUAAGAACCAUUGGCAUGUGAUCAUGGCUAGAAAGUACAGAGAACACUCCUCCAAUUACAGGUCGAGGAGGAAGACGACGACGACGACGCCGGCGGCCGCGGCGGCGACCACCGCCGCCGCGGCGAUGAUGACUCAAUUCCUCUUUAAUAAACCAUCCGACAGCAACGACGACGAGAUUAUUAAACAGAUUAUUCCAGAUCCGCCGUUGUUGAGAACAUCUACUACCGCUGCAGCUACAGCCGCUUCUUUCUGGCAGCCGGCGGCGGCGCCGCCGUCGUUCUUUCCAGGAUUAGAACAAAGUAGUUGCAUUGGAGGGAAGAUGAAGAUGCUGAUGACGAUGGGGAGCAGUUACAACAGUAACUGUUGGAUGAAUCUUGACCGUCCAUCUCUGUCAAUCCAACGGCCAGAGAGUUUGUCGCGGGCAGAAGUUCCCCAAGGAGAAGCAGUGGCAGCCAUUAAUGAUGAUGAUGAAAGAAUUUCUGCACCACAAUUUAUAGACUUUCUUGGUGUAGGAGCCCUAUGAUAUUUAUUUCGCCAUUUUUUAAACCUAUUUAAUUAU